UAAUCGUUGUUCGCGUACAUUUUUGAUUUGCAAUGCCAGAGCUAGAGGCGUUCCGCCAGGUAGAUGAGAAGUAUGUGUCAGUUGAGGCAGAGCUGAUGGAAUGGUCUCCAAAGUUUGAUCUCGUUGCGCUCUCAAACAUACAGGGAGAGGUUGUGUUGCACCGGUUGACAUGGCAGAAGGUUUGGUCUUUGCCAGCCCAGAAUGAAGAGACGAAGGUGAAAGCCAUGGCUUGGAGACCUGAUGGCAAAGUGCUGGCAGUGGGGUACAGCAGUGGUCAGGUGGUCCUAUGUUACAUUGAGAAUGCUGAGGUCCUUCAUACGAUAGAGGUCGGCAGCCAAGUGACCUCCCUUUCCUGGGUGUGUCACGCGGCCCCUAAAUGCGGAGCUUCAACCCUCUCUGACCCCUAUCUACAGGACAACACUGCCACCUACCUGCCCAAGCUGCAUCCCCUUAAUAAGAGCUACGGAAGUUUGUCGAAAGGAAAAAGUGAGGACAAUGUAGAAGAUAAGAAGAAGCUCCAAAGCCAGAAACAGCUGAAUGUGUUGGUGAUAGGCAGCUGCAGUCAGGAGGUCCAGCUCUACAUCUACGGGGUGUUCCCUGUCGCCAAGGUUACUGUUGGAGAAGAGAUCAGUAGCGAGUCCGUGGAGAUUGUGAAUGCAGUCCUGUCAGAGGACCUGACCAGUCUUCUUGUUGUGCUCAAACAGUCCAGCAGUGGGGACCAGGAAUUCACCCUGCACACGUUUGACACCCACUUGCUCACGUCACACGACAAUGAGUUGAAGCUGUUGGCUCAGAAAUAUGGACAGAUAGCCACCUUCAUUCAGUACCUGGACGCCACAGUACAACAGAUGCAAGAGGCGUGGGAGGACAUACUGCUGGAGAUGGACUCCAAACUGUACACCUUUGCUAAACAGAAACAGGCGUCUGGUGCUGGGACUGUGAGCAAUGACUUCCUGGAACUGCUGCUGUUUGGGGUGCCUAGCCCAGAGCUGCGGACCUUUCUGCUGUGUGAGCUGACAGAUAAGGGCGUAAAGAAGCUGGGCCACUCUAUUGGGACCUCCUACUCCAAUAUUCAGAAGCUUGUGGUCAAACAUCUGCAAACGGUGAGCCAGGCAAUCCUAUACCAGCUUGGAGAGAUGAAGGGUAUGGCCCAGUGCUAUGAGAAGUUCGGUGUGCUGGGUGUGGACCCAGACAGGCUGCACAAGGCUCUCAUGACAACCGGCUCCUUUGUGCUCAAGACAAGUGAGCUGCAACAAGUCAUCGAUGGAAGCAUAAAGAAUUUCAAGGCAUUUUUUAAAUGGCUGUAUGUAGUGAUUUUAAGACUGUCUGAUGAAAAGCCACCAGCUGAGCUUAGUGAAAUGACCCAGCAUGAUGUGAACUUUGUUGCAGACUUCCUCAGGGACAACUUUGCUCAGUUUACAGAGAGGGAGGAGGAGGAGUCUAUAGAAGACCUUCGUGCUACGUCUCCCACGGACAAAAAACCAGGCUUCAAACUGGAGAAGGUUGGACAGUAUUUGAAGAAAGAGAGGUUGAGCUGCCCACCUGACAUCUCCAACAAUCCCUGGGUGCAGUUCACACGCGCCAGUCCCUCACUCAAAGAUAGCAAGGUGUUGUACCCAGUAGAAAGCAACAAGUCCCUUCUACAACUGCAGGAGUCCCUGGAACAGGACACAUAUGCAAUGCUGCAUAAACCUGCUCUGACCAUAGGCAAGUCAGUACAGUGCGUGUCCUCCCUCUACCUCUUCUCCACAUGUCCCAGAGAGGAUCAUUCAAGACAUGUCACUCCAAAAUUCUCCCAAUUCACUUCUGGCAGUUUACACCUGAUGUUCACUUUGUUUUUGUCGGAGUGCCAGCCCAGUGACAGACUUCAUGUGCUGUUCCAGCCUACAGAUGCACACAGUGUGGAUGGUGGAGUAAAGAUUGUCUCUGUGAGGUUCAGUUCGCUACCGAGACCUGAACUCCUCAACUGCAGCAGUGAGUCCAACUCAGAACGGAGUGAUGCUCUACGGGUGCUGGAUGUGGCCUACUAUGAUGAAGGUCACAUGACCUGCCUGCUGGUGGAGGACAACGCUGACCAGACCCCUGCCCUAGUCAAACUUGCACUUGGUCCCCUGGUGACCGGGCCGUGCACUCAAGUCACAGCCACCGUUGAUGUGAACAACUGCACUGACAUUCCGGUGGUAGAUGUUUGUGACAUGGAGGAUGUUCAGUAUCGCUGGCUGCCCAAUAUGAAGGCUCAUUCUUUCGCUGUCAGUGGAACACGACACACUGCCACUGUGCUGUUCUCAUCUCGAAGAAGAGUCCGAAUCUUCCUAAUGGACGCAGAUCAAGACGAUGAUGAUGACGAAGAUGACGUAGAUGGUGACAUCACAGCGGACCAAUCAACUAUCAACCAAUCGGCUUGCAGCUCUAAAAAUAGCACCCAAUCAGAGAUGCAAAUGCUGGUAGAUGGAAGUGAUCUGGGAGUUGAAGGUGAGGACAAGGAAAACAGCAGUAGACGGACCAGUAACGGGGAGCAGGCUACUUAGAGGCAGUUACCAUGGCAACCAAACUAGGUCACUUGACAUUGUUAUAUGACUGCUCUAUUUAGGUUGAUCGGAACCAGACUAGGUCACCUGGAAUUGUUGUUUAACCAGUCCGUUUGGAUCUAUAGCUACUAGACCAGACCGGUCAUCUGGCAGUGUUAUAUAACCAGUCCAUUUGGGACGACAGGAACCAGACUCUUCUAAAAAAAUAGUGUUUAAUGAUUUGUUUGUAAGUAUAGCAACCAGAUUGUGAGAAUUAUAUUGUGACCAGUUUCAUCACGUGCACGUUGUAUGGCCAUAUAAGAUGUCUGUUUGGCCCAUGUUAUAGUUGCAUUUCUGUUAUAUUUUCAAUGGCAUAAGUACCUUUUUUUCUGAGUCCAGUUCAAAAUUGCCAACAAUUGCAAAAAUAAUUGGUUGGUUUAAAGAUAUUUGGCUAUUGAACUAUUAAGUUUUGAAUCAAAUAGUUUGAUGUUGUAAUAUCCAUGUAAGUGGUAUCUUUACUUUUAGUAUUUUGUGUCAGUUUUAUCAACAAUUAUUCAAAUUUUAUAAAUCAAGCAAUAGUAAUUAUUUACCAAUUAAGUUUGAAUUGGUGCUAAAAUUCAAAAUUCACAAGUUUACUGGUAAUUCAUAUAGCCAAAGAUGUUGAAAAAAGCCAUAUAGGGUGAACAGCUUUAUUAGAAGUUUUCAUUCAGUGGAAUGAGAACAGUGUACUAAUGUGAUCAUUGAGUCUGACAGUGACACAAUUGUUAAAGGUACAGAGAAAAUUGUUUAACCCAUUUAUGCCUAGUGGACACUCCCAUCCUUCAAAAUUGGAUCAAUUUAUUUCCAAAAUUAGGGAUGUCUAGUAUAUUUAUUAGCUCCACUGGCCAAAGGCCAGCGGGGCUUAUGUCAUGGUCCUGUGUCCGUUGUGUGUGCGUGCGUGCGUGCGUCCGUUAACUU